AUGAUUCUAUGCCGAUGGGUUUCCUUCACUCCGGGGGCUAGGUCUUCAUCUGAGUCUGAGGAGCAUUUCCGACGACAUUCCGAGUUUCGCGGUCUCUCCUCAACCACAAGCACUUGUCGGCCUUGUUGUCUCAAAACCAAAUCCUCACAAGAAACUACGGAGUUGGCGAGUGAAGUAGGUUUUUCGAUUUUGGGAUCAGAGACACCGUGGGAGGAGAAGAAGAUAUGGAGCACAAUGGCAUUUUACAUGUUCUGUCUGCAUAUUCCUCUCAGUUUUGGGGGUUUGUCCAUGGUUUCCGGGAUGCUCCACCAAAGGCAUCUUGAUCCUCAGACCCAAGUGCUAUCACUUGUCCUUGUCCAAAUGGUAGAACUUUCAGGGACAGUCUUCCUGCUGAAGAAUACUGCCAAGCCUCCUCAUUGCAAAUCAAUCAACUUUCUAAAAGCUAAUAAUGAUGAUGAUUCAAAUGAAGGAAGAAACUGGGUGGUUGGCUCAGCAUUGGGUUUGGCAUGUAUUGUGGGCUUUAUCUUCCUCACCUCCCUCGUAGCUGAUCAACUCUUUGGUUCUAAGGCUGUGCACGGCUCGGAAUUGGAGAAGAUAAUGGGGAGCGGUGUGGUGUCGAGAAGCGGAUGUUUUGCUCUCUACUGCAUAGUAGCUCCAAUCCUAGAGGAGAUAGUGUACAGACGCUUUCUGUUGAGCUCCUUAGCGUCGAGAAUGGAGUGGAAGAAAGCGCUUGUGAUCAGCUCUGGAGUAUUUGCGGCAUCUCACAUGUCUGGGGAGGGUUUGGUGCAGCUCUUUGGGAUUGGCUGCGUUCUUGGCGCAUCUUACAGCUGGUCUGGUAACUUAGCCUCCUCGGUGCUCGUCCACUCCUUGUACAAUGCCUUGUCUCUCUUCCUUGCCUCACGCUCUUAG